UCAGUCUCACUCCCACCGCCUCCAAACCCUGAUUGAUGACUUUGCAUUCACUUCUGUGUAAUUGCUGCUAGCAGUUGGUGUCCUCUGAUACCUGCUCAGGAGCUGGGCUUUCUCUCUAAGUGAAGAUGCCCAUGGUGUUCCUGUGAAGCUAAGGUAUGGCUGCUGGAAGAUUGCUACUUUAUGCUGGCCUCUCUUUAGCGUUGUGUGCUCUAGGCAUGCUAGCUGUGGCCAUCUGCUCUGACCACUGGUAUGAAACAGAUGCCAGGAAACAUCGGGAACGGUGCAAAACCUUCACAACGCGGCGGAAUGACCCUGGCUUCAUUUAUAAUUCUAACAAUAACCUGCCCCUCCGUGCCAGCAGAUCAAAGCUGGACCAUUGGGAAGGAAAACUUCUCUUGGCAAGAAACAAGAGGCAACUCUUUGCCAUGAGUGCUGUUGAUGAGUGCAACAGACAGUACAACUCUACUAACAUGGGACUAUGGAGGAAGUGCCAUCGGCUGGGAUUUGACCAGGAAGUGGAGGAACUCAUUGCUAAAGGAGCCAUUGACCAAUGUUCAUACAUCAAGUACCACUACUCCUCAGCAACAAUUCCCAAGAAUCUAACCUACAACAUUACUAAGACCAUCCGUCAAGAUGAAUGGCAUGCUUUACACUUGCGCCGAAUGACAGCUGGUUUUAUGGGCAUGGCGGUGGCCAUCAUCCUGUUUGGAUGGAUUAUCGGGGUGCUGGGCUGCUGCUGGGAUCGAGGCCUUAUGCAGUAUGUGGCAGGACUUCUCUUCCUCAUGGGAGGAACCUUCUGCAUAAUUUCACUGUGCACAUGCGUAGCUGGAAUCAACUUUGAGCUCUCCCGAUACCCCCGGUACCUGUACGGACUUCCGGAUGACAUCAGUCAUGGCUACGGCUGGUCCAUGUUUUGCGCAUGGGGAGGCCUAGGUCUCACUUUGAUCUCUGGCUUCUUCUGUACCUUGGCCCCUUCUGUUCAACCUGUCCCCAGGACCAAUUGCCCGAAAUCGAGACCUGAGAAUGGGACAGUGUGCUAAAACAAGUACAAACAAGCCUAUAAGUAUACAUAUUAUACAUAUAUAAAUAUAAAUUAAUAUACAUAAACAUAUAUUAUAUAUAGAUCUCAAACAGUUGCCAGUGCCAUGGUAGAGUGGAGUCCAAGAGGGCUCGUACAUCUCCUCUACAGACUUUUUAUUGCUCUUGUUGUUUUUCCUGGAGAAAGGAAUAGCUUUUCUGCAACAUUGCUCUUCCAUUCAGCUCCUAAAAAUCUUCAGCAUCCCACUUCAAACAUCAAAUGAACGUAUCGUUGCAUCUGCUACUGCCAGUUGGGUGUGAUGUGAUAGGGAGGGGGAAAGGGCAUCUUGGUGUAUGUGGUACUUUUACAAGGAGUAAAAGCAAACAAAAAAAUAAAACCUUGUAUUGGGGAAAUAUAAACAGUAAAUAAAUGAACCUCUUUAGUUACCUCUCUAAAAUCUAACCUGCUGAAGGCCACCUUCAGAAUCCCUCUGCUCGCACAUGCUAUUUAAACAAAGAACCUUGCCUGUUCCAUCAAAGAGAAGCAGAAGAUUAAGGCAGGGUUCCCUUUCUUUGCUAAACUUAAAACAAACAAACAAACAGCCAAGAUUAUUACAGAACAAAGCUGCAAAUGAGGACACUUGCGUGGAUGCUUUAGUAAUGCUGCUUUCAACUUCCUUCUGCCUUACAGACAGGCUGACUGAGGAGGCUGGACUGCUGGCAGAAAUGCAGGAGAAAGCCUCUUGCUGAAAUGCUGUGAUACAUAGGUGUGUAACU